CAUAGAGAGGGAGGAGAGGAGAGCGGAGUAGGGGCGUGGGGGCGUCUCAGUCCCCGGCUGCCUCAGUAACUGGGGAACUGGGACUCCCUGUGGGUAGGAGAGGAAGGCUGGAAGUCCGGAGGGGUCGGGGUUCCACAAAGAGAGGAAGAAGCUGAGAGAGGGCGGGCCAGGGCAUUGGGAAGGGGUCGCCCCGAGGCCUCCCGGGGAUGGGGUGUGCAGCUCGUCUGAACGCCCCUCGAGCGCUGCUACUCUGGGCCGCACUGGGGGCGGCAGCUCACAUCGGACCCGCACCUGACCCCGAGGACUGGUGGAGCUACAAGGAUAAUCUCCAGGGAAACUUCGUGCCAGGGCCUCCCUUCUGGGGCCUGGUGAACGCAGCCUGGAGUCUGUGUGCUGUGGGGAAGCGACAGAGCCCCGUGGAUGUGGAGCUGAAGAGGGUCCUUUAUGACCCCUUUCUGCCCCCGCUGAGACUCAGCACAGGGGGAGAGAAGCUCCGGGGAACCCUGUACAACACCGGUCGCCAUGUCUCCUUCCUGCCUGCACCCCGGCCUGUGGUCAAUGUGUCUGGGGGGCCCCUCCUUUAUAGCCACCGACUCAGUGAACUGCGGCUGCUAUUUGGAGCGCGUGAUGGAGCUGGCUCUGAACACCAGAUCAACCACCAGGGUUUCUCUGCUGAGGUGCAGCUCAUCCACUUCAACCAAGAACUCUACGGGAACCUCAGCGCCGCCUCCCGGGGCCCCAAUGGCCUGGCCAUUCUCAGCCUCUUUGUCAAUGUGGCUGGUAGCUCAAACCCAUUCCUUAGCCGCCUCCUUAACCGGGACACCAUCACCCGCAUCUCCUACAAGAAUGAUGCCUACUUUCUUCAAGACCUGAGCCUGGAGCUCCUGUUCCCCGAAUCCUUUGGCUUCAUCACCUAUCAAGGCUCUCUCAGCACCCCACCCUGCUCGGAGACUGUUACCUGGAUCCUCAUUGACAGGGCCCUAAAUAUCACCUCCCUCCAGAUGCACUCCCUGAGACUCCUGAGCCAGAAUCCUCCGUCCCAGAUCUUCCAGAGCCUCAGCGGUAACGGCCGGCCCCUGCAGCCCUUGGCCCACAGGGCCUUGAGGGGCAACAGGGACCCCCGGCACCCCGAGAGGCGCUGCCGAGGCCCCAACUACCGUCUGCAUGUGGAUGGUACCCCCCAUGGUCGCUGAGACUCCCCAUCGAGGAUUGCGCCUGCCUUUCCCAAGCCUCCCCACAAGGGGGGGAGUCACCCCCAAAACAAAGCUAUUAAAGGGACAGAAUACUU